ACGUCAUCUUUGCGCGCGCGUUGUAUGAUUGGUGUGAAAUGUGUUGCAUUUAUUAGGAGUUUUGACGUUAUUGUCUACCGGCGAAAUGUGUAAAUAAUGUUUUAAAAUGACGGACAAUAACUGUUGCUCGUUUCAGACGGACCCACCAGAAACUGCUUCUGUUGAUCUCAGUCAAAAACAACGACGAGCUAUUCUUAAACGAGAAAGAAGGAAAAGGAAACGUCAAGCUAUUGCUAAAUUAAGAGAAGCAGCUCUAGAUCAUUCACAAAAUGAGGAGCACCAAACUGAAGAUGAGGAAGAACAGAUGGCUGAUGAGCAGAGUGAGCGAUUACACCAGGAAUGGCUGGAGAGAGAAAAGAUUGCACAGGAAGAAUUCAGGCUGAAGAGGGAGAGAGAAGAGGCGGCAGAAAAGAGAAAGGAGGAGGAAGAGAGGAGGAUCAGAGAGGAAUGGGAGGAGCAGCAAAGGAAAGAACAAGAGGAGCGGGAGCAGAAGGAGCAAAAGAAGAGAGAGAGAGAGGAAGCUGUACAGAAAAUGCUGGAUCAAGCAGAGAGUCAGCUGGAAAAUGGUGGUCCUUGGAAAAACCCUGAUGCCCCAAAGGAUUAUGGAACAGAAAAGGACAAGGCAAACUGCCCCUUCUUCCUUAAAACGGGCGCUUGUAGGUUUAGGGACCGGUGCUCCCGAAAGCAUGACCACCCAACAUCCAGCACCACUCUGAUGGUGAGGGGGAUGUUUGUGACGUUCGGGAUGGAGCAGAGCAGACGUGAUGACUAUGACACUGAUGCCAGUCUUGAGUACAGCGAGGAGGAAAUGCACCAGCAGUUCCUGGAUUUCUAUGAAGACGCUCUGCCAGAGUUCAAGAACGCAGGGAGGGUGGUGCAGUUCAAGGGCUUGCCACAACUGCAAUGUGAAUUCUCCCCAGUAACUAGAUGGAAGACAGCCAUAUGUGGACUUUUUGACAGGCGGAAAUGUCCAAAAGGAAAACACUGCAACUUCCUCCAUGUGUUCAGAAACCCAGAUAAUGAAUUCUGGGAGGCGGACCGUGAUCUUCAUAUGUCCCCUGAUCGCAGUGGAGGCUUUUCUAGUCGCCAUUUGGGCAGCAGAGAUGGAGUGCGGUCCCAACGUGGAAAUAGUCCUGAGCACAUAUCCCAGCGCAGGAGGACAGAUCGAAGGAGCCACAGCCGCGAGCGGUACAGUUACAGGGGAAGAUGGAGCCGGGAGAGGCGGGGUUGUAGCAGAGAGAGGCGGAGUCAUAGCAGGGAAAGGCGGGGCCACAGCAGAGAGAGGCGGAGUCGCAGCAGAGGGAGACACAGUCGAAAUGGGGAAAAGCGUAGUCAUAGCAGAAGCAGAGAGAAAAGGAAGUCAGAGCAAUCAAUGACAAGGAGAUCAAUGUCUCAGAGAGAGCAAUCCAGAAGGAGUAGGAGCCGAUCCCAUAGCAGAGACCGGUUAAAGCAAUGUGAAUGUACAUCAACAGACUCGAGAAGACAGACGUCAAAAUCAAACAGUCCAGAGCGUGUGUCCAAAAACAGGUCUGUGAAACGGGAGAGUCACAGGAUGGAAAGCCAAAGCCCAGAAAACUCUUACCGAAUGGAUGCACAUCACCACAAGCCCACUAAAAAGAGCAAGAAGAAGAAAAAGGGCAAAAAUAAACACAAAAGAAAGAAGAGUAAAUCACACAGCUCAAGCUCGGAGUCAGACAAAGACUCCCGGAAUGAGGAGUGUGAUGAGAUGCCGGCUAAAUCAGAAGAACGUACAGCUGUGGCAUCCAGCACAGGUUCACCAGUAGAUGGAGUAGAGACCACAAAUUUGGAGGGCUGUCAUCCAGAAGAGGAAAUCCAUUGUGCGUUUACAGAUGCUACCAAAUCCGAUGGCAUCACACAGUCUGGAUAGAUUAUAUUAGAAUACAUAAACUGUUUCUCUGUUGUCUUAAAGCAGCUGUUGUUAUUUUAGUUUGCAUAACAAAAUGCCUAGUUUUCCUGAUUUUGUCUGAUGAAAACUUUUCCUGUAUAUUUGUAAUGAAAUCUAAUCUUUUCUGAAAGUGUUGGUGAUGGAAAUUAUAUUUUGUUCAUUUUCAGUGAGAGGUUCCAAGACAUCACGUGGGUAAGCAGAUUUUAGGGAUCAUUUUAUUUAAGGUUGUGACAACGGACGUAAGCAGCAGAUAUUUAAUUCCAUAUUGUGAUGUUCAUCAGAGUGAAACAUUAUCGACAAAGAAAAAAUGUAGGGUGGGGGACGUGGUUCUGUC